GACAUCGCAGACAUCAUGUAAUUCACCCAAUUUGCGAUAGGCAAUGCCAUGGGUAAUCGGGUAGGCACGUGAGCAUGGAACACAUCGACCUGGAUGUUCACUCGCCGGAGUUCUUGGCCUCGCUCUCUUUAUCUUUCCAGAACUUGCUUGUGCAGAAGCGGUGCAACAAAAAGAUCCGACCGACCGAACGACCAAGUGAACCAGGCAGAUCAUAUGGAUCAAGCCAAGCCUGUGGCUGGAGUCUGGUCCUUUUGAUGAAUCUCUUCAUUGCGUUUCAGAUGGACGGUUUUUGGAGGCUGUCACUUCCGUGGUUUGCGCUUCAACCACUUGGGAGCUUCAUUGUGAAGUUGGGAUCUGUGUCUUUGUUCAUCCUGAUUGAGUUCUUCUAUGCUUGCGCAAGUCUUGUUGAUCCUGGCAGUCCUGGCAAGAAAGAUGUUAUUUCAGAUAAGUCAGAUAGGUGGUGCAACUACUGCAUGGCCCCAAAACCAGACAGGUGUCAUCAUUGCAGCACUUGCCGUCGUUGUGUGCUUCGCAUGGACCACCAUUGCAUCUUUACCAAUUCGUGCGUUGGCCUACGGAACCAGCCACAUUUCCUGGUCUUCGUUUUUCUGACCAUGUGUGGAUCUGGUCUCUCUGCACUGGCAGCAGCUCCACAAAUAACUGCGGCAAUGGCACUGAGCGGAGAACGCACAAUGAGACAGGUUCAUCUCAUUGGUGUGUGCCUAUCUGCAGCCAUUGCCUCCUUUCUUCUUUGGAAUUUGCUAUUGGCUCAGAUGCACUUGCUUAUCAGGAAUGAAACAACUAUUGAGAGUUCGAAGAACUGGGCAGAUCGCUGUCACAGCAGCUAUGACCGAGGAGUCCGGGAGAAUAUUGCUGAGGUUUUCGGCUCAAAUGUCGCCGGAUGUAUCCCGAAUUCUGUCUUUGACAUCUUCGACGGAUUGGACCAAUUUCUCGCAGAUUCAUGAUAGUGUGUCAACAGACCUUAUCAAGGGUUGCUGACUCUUUGAUUCCGACAAAGUUCGCUGCUCUCAUAAGAUUUGUCAAAA